AUGAUCCGUCUGUGGGCUAGAACACACCGACAGAGAAUGCCUGUCUUCCGACAUGGAAGGUCAACUUUUGUUCUUCGACAGCUGGCGAAGAGUUCUACAACCACAAAAUCACAAGCCUCGUCAUCCGACGUGACAGAGCAGGCUUCAAAGGUGCGCCUUCGAAAAGAUACGUCGCUCAACGACGUCAAGCCAUUCUCCGAAUUCCUCACGGAUUCAUACUCUCGUCGGCACAACUAUCUCAGAAUAUCAAUCACGGAGAGAUGCAAUCUGCGAUGUCUUUACUGCAUGCCCGAGGAAGGAGUUCAACUUUCUCCUCCCUCCCACAAUCUGACAAGCACAGAGAUCACGUAUCUGUCCAGGUUAUUUGUCGAGCAGGGUGUCACCAAGAUUCGGCUCACGGGAGGUGAACCCACGGUCAGAAAAGACAUUGUCGAGCUCGUCCAGAGCAUUGGUGACCUAAGAUCCAUCGGGCUGAAAGAGAUAUGCAUCACUACGAAUGGGAUUUCUUUGGCCCGAAAGCUGGACUCUCUGGUCGCAGCCGGACUCUCCAAUAUAAAUCUGAGCCUCGACACUCUGGAUCCGUAUCAAUACACCCUGAUGACCAGACGGAAUGGGUUUGACGCCGUCAUGAAGUCCAUCAGCAAGAUCCUUGAGCUCAAAAGACGAGGAACGUCAAUCAAGUUCAAGAUCAACUGUGUGGUUAUGAAAGGGCUGAACGAUGGCGAGGUCGUCGCGUUUUCUGAACUUGGCCGAAACGAAGACGUCGAGGUUCGAUUCAUUGAGUACAUGCCCUUUGACGGCAACCGAUGGUCCAAGGGUAAGAUGAUUACGUAUCGAGAGACCCUCGACCUCAUCAGACAAAAAUAUCCAGACGUUCACAGAAUCCGAGAUCAACCCAACGACACUAGCAAGACCUACAAGAUCCCUGGCUUUGUUGGGAGGAUUGGCUUCGUCACUAGCAUGACGGAGAAUUUCUGCUCAACUUGCAAUCGACUACGAAUCACCAGCGACGGAAACCUCAAGGUGUGCCUGUUUGGGAAGGAUGAGGUAUCGUUGAGGGACAUCUUGAGGGGUUACAACAAUGGUCAACCUCUCGGCCAGGAAUCAGAACCCCUGGAGUCGUGGAGUUCCACCGUGCAGGAUGCAUUGUCGCUCUCCGACGACAAUCCGAGAAAACAGCUCCUGCAUGUCAUUGGCAUGGCGGUCAAGCGGAAAGCCCAAAAGCAUGCUGACCUCGGUGACCUCGAGAAGAUGCAAAAUAGACCGAUGAUCCUAAUUGGAGGAUAG